AUUUUGCCAGGGCAUUUGUCAGUCGUAUAUUCUAUAUUUUAAUUGUCACUCGACCUUUGUUAUUGGCAUUCAAGCGAUUUGUUAUUGGCAUGUUUGUUAGGCAGCCACUUGUAAGCUAGUAUCUGGAAUUCUCACGAGCUGAUCAGCGUUCGCGAGCGUUGGGGGGCUGGUGCAGACAGAAGAUGUCAACGCUGGGACCCCAAUGGGCGUUCAGCCAAGACGCGACACAUCCGCUGAGCAAACAUAUAAAUAACAUUUGAUUGUCUUUGGCUGACAGUUGCCUGUGGACACCAUGUGCAAGCGUGGCGGUUACUUGAUGCGAAUGCUUCUAUUGCUGGCGCUGGCGGCAGGUGAAGCCCUGCCCCACCAGAAGCAGCAGCAGCAGCCGCAAUCACCGCAGCGGAUAAGCAGCGAUGGCCAGCACCUGGGCAAUGACUAUGGCCCGAUAAUGCACAUCAGCUCCGCCGUGCUGCAGCUGGUGCCCGAUGAACUAACGCAUUUGGAGCUCUCAGGCCACGGCAGCGGCGGCUCCUUCCACCCAUACCUCCAUGGAGCGGAGCCGCGUCUUACGGUCAGCGAUAAUCUGGACUUUCAGGUGCACAGUCCGCAACGUGUACAGUCCCAUGGGCGCUAGACAGGAUGACCAGGAUACGCACACAUACACAUAUGACAAACUUAGCUGAUUUAUUGAA